UGCCUGAUUUGAUUAGCUAAACGACGUCACGCCUGCCUUGUAACGUUUUACUUUCGAUUUUGGUCGCUGCGUACUUUUAUUUGGCCAUUUUGUCCGAAGUAGGAGACGUUUUAUUUAUUUUGUCUCAAGAAGUCUUCAGAAGGAGGAGAAACCAUGAAGGAGAUCGUGAUCGUCGCUGUUCUUCUCUGCCUUUCGAACUUCUCCUCGGCGACAAAAGCUUCACCAAAGGUCCAGGUCUACAGCCGCAACCCGGGAGAGUUCGGGAAAGCCAACGUCUUAAUCUGCCACGUCAGCGGCUUCCACCCGCCGGAGAUCCGCAUCGAACUGCUGAAGAACGAUGUGGAGAUCCCCGGGUCCAAUCAAACCGACCUGGCCUUCGAGGAGAACUGGCACUACCACCUGACCAGACAUGUGCCCUUCACUCCAAAGGAAGGAGACCGGUUUAAAUGCAGAGUGACCCACGUAGACGACACCAAGAUAUACGAGUGGGAACCGGAUAUGUAAACUCCACUCGCUUCAGCUCUGAUCUAAAAGACGAAGGUUGGACUUCAGCUCCUGAAAUCUAAACCUUCGGCAGCAACAAGCGAGAAGAAAAAAACCGCACUGAAAGGUGUUUCUGUGACGUGUUGAAGGCAGUAACACAAAAAAAACAACUGUUUGACUUUUUAACUAUUAAGGACUUCCUUAUAAAACUCAGGUUAAUCUGUGUUUAGCCUUUAGCUUUGGUUUUGUUCAGCGUGUUUUAGUUGGUGUCAGUCUGGAUCCAAACCAAAGCAGACGUUAUCAAUAAAUCAAUAAAAUCAACAAAAGGUAAUAAACAAACUUGUAUAAAUGAUUAAAGGUUAUCUGUUUAACUCUCGAUUAUUUCUGUAAAAUAAAAAAAAAGGGUGAAUCUCUUGUUCUAACAUUACCAUAAAUUUAGAUUAUUCUUGAGUUUAUUUUAUAUAUCGACGUUGAAAACGUAUUUUAGCUGUACGAGGAUAAAUGUGUGUAUCACGCAAAAGAAAUGUGCUGUUAUUAAAAAUCGAAGCGUUUUAUUAUUUUUCACUGUUUUUAAACAUGACCAAUUGAAAACUAUUGAACGUUUUGCUUUUGAUUUCUGGGGUUUUAUUUGUUCAUAUAAAUGACAUUUAUGCAAAAAUAAUGAUUGAAUGUUAAAUAAAAUCACAAAUAA